AUGCGUUUCAUCGACGAGUACCUCAGCAAUAACCAGGGCUUCCAACUUGACAUCGUCGGUUUCCUCGCCAUCCUCGGAGAAGGUUCCGUCGAAACCAUCGCCCAAGUUGCGACGCUGAGCUACCUCAUCUACCUUCCCCGCCUCCUUCCUGCGCCGCAGAUCUUCAUCCGACCCUCACGACCCGAAAAGCUCGAGACCACGUCCGGUGCCAAAGUCAUUGGCGUCCACUCUGGCAACACCGGCGAAGACAUCCACCAUGUGGCCCACGCCCUGCACCGGGGGGACAAGCUGAGGCCUAACACGGUCAGUUGUGUCCGUGUCCGAGAAAACAAUAAGCCCCGUCCUUCCAUCAAGAGGUUCGGCCCUUUGGCCUGGUUGGCGUUCCUGGGGGCAGCCAUGAGCGGUGCCUUGCUGGCGCUGUCAAUAUACUACGAGGACGGGAUGUCAUUGCUCGCCACCGUGCUGCUGUCCGCCCUGAGCUCCGUCACCGGCAUCGCCAACAAAUGGUCCCCCACGCCCAACGACCCCAAGCCCGACCCGCACUCCCCGCCCGGCGACGUGGUCAUCAAGUAUCCGCAGGGGGCGUUCAUCGUGGUGAGCUGCGAGGAACGGACGGCACGGUACCUCUACUUCAACCCCAGCGAGCGGUGCAUCUACGCGGUGAAGAGCACGGCCAUCUACCGCGGGCUCUCGCUGGUAUCGACGCUACUGCUCAUGGGCGGUGUGAUCUCGUUGGCCAACGCCAAGAUUCAGACGCAGACGGCCUUUGCGGGCUCCUACAUGCUGAUCAAUAUCUUCUACUGGGUCGGCGCCGCGCUGCCUCCUGGCAAGCACUGGGACCUGUCCCGCCUCGAGGUCGACCACAUCGAGGUGCACGGGGGCACGCCGCCGCGCAACGCCAAGGUCGACAACUACUCGCCCACUUACACCGAGGCGCUGUGGAAGGCCAUCGCCGUGACGGGGACGAGCAACUGGGUCAAGGAGGCCGGCUGGGCGCCCAAGACCCCGGCCUGGAGCGACUGGCUGAACGAGGCCGAGGAAGCCGCCGUGGGCGAACCCCUCAAGUCGAGCAUGCAGCUCAUCGAUGGGAAAGAAGUCGAGGUCUGGACCAUCCGCAACUGGGACAGCCGGAACGCCCUGUCGACCCUGCUGCGCACCACCACCGACCGUCUGCAGGCUCAGCCGAAAAGGGGAUGA